UUUGUCAUAGCGAAAUAGUUAUCAAAAACCAAACAAUGAAAUAUGUGACAAUUAUUUUAUUUGCGCUCGCCGCAUUCGUUUUGCCAACUUUUGCCGCAAAUGACUACCUUUGGGGCGAAGUCGGUGCCAACGAUUACAAACUGGCCAAGGAUACCGUUUCGAAGGCCUUUUUCGUUGGACUUGUGCAGACCAAGAAAUACGUAUUCAAGCAGUCGGACAACCUAAAUGCGCUGACCAUUACGGCAAUUAAGAUAACCGACAAAAAGAAGAGCCAUGGUGCAACUGCUGUGCUGGUCAGCGGAGGUCCUGGAUCCAAAGGAGCCACCAUCAAGUUCACUUCCGAACGUGGUUACGGCAUCAAGGAUACCGUGGAAAUAUGGGGCCGUUAAAUGCUACCCUUUCCAAUGUGACACUCUGCAUAAAUAACGCAACGCAAAUGCAAAACGA